AAAAGUACAUUUUUUUCGCUUUUAUACAUCGUUGUGUGGAGUUAAUAAACUACAAAACAUAUAUAUAUAAUAUUUAUAUAUAUAUAGAUAUAUUAGUAUUUUAUAUAUUCGCCGGAGAUGCCUACGCCGGUUAAUGUUGCCAGGCAAUGCUUAACGCCAGAGGCAGCCCAUGCGCUCGACGAGGCGGUAGCAGUCGCGCGCAGGCGUGGACACGGCCAAACGACGUCGCUUCACGCUGUGUCUGCCCUCCUUUCCCUCCCCUCGUCCACCCUACGCGAUGCCUGCGCGCGUGCGCGUAGCUCCGCUUACUCGCCCCGCCUCCAAUUCAAGGCUCUGGAGCUGUGCCUGAGCGUCUCACUCGACCGAGUACCCUCGACCCAACUUGCCGACGACCCGCCUGUGUCGAACUCGCUCAUGGCCGCGAUAAAGCGCUCCCAAGCCAACCAAAGAAGACAACCCGAGAAUUUCCAUCUCUACCAUCAGAUUCCGCAGCAGUCUUCGAUUUCCUGCGUGAAAGUGGAGCUCCAGCAUUUGCUUCUAUCGAUUCUCGAUGACCCGGUAGUGAGCCGGGUUUUCGGUGAAGCGGGCUUUCGGAGCUCCGAAAUCAAGCUCGCCAUCGUUCGACCACUCCCUAACCUCCUCGGAUACUCGCGCUCCAGAGGUCCACCUUUGUUUCUCUGCAAUUUGAGCGAGUAUUCGGACACGGGGCGUCACGGCUUCACUUUUCCUUUCUCGGGUUUCCCCGGGUUUUGCGGCGGAGACGAGAAUUGUAGACGGAUUGCGGAGGUUAUGGACAGGAAUAAGGGAAGGAAUCCUCUGCUUGUGGGUGUAUGUGCUUACAGUGCACUCCAAAGCUUCACAGAAGCAAUAGAAAAAAGAAAGGACAGCGUUUUGCCAGUGGAACUCUCUGGGUUGAAUACAAUUUGCAUUGAAAACGAUGUCUCAGAGUUCGUUACCGAGAAUUUUGAUAAAGGGUCUCUGAGUUUGAAGUUUGAGGAGGUGAGUUCGAAGGUGGAGCAGAGUUUGGGACCUGGGUUGGUGGUGAAUUUCGGAGACUUGAACGCAUUUGUAGGUGGUGACGAUGCCGCGGGUGAAGCAGCAGGCUAUGUCGUUGACCAACUCACUAGGUUAUUGGAGCUUCAUGCAGGGAGAGUGUGGUUGAUUGGUGCCGCCGCGAGUGACGAGUCGUAUAGGAAGUUUUUGCGUAAAUUUCCAUCAGUCGAGAAGGACUGGGACUUGCAGCUUCUUCCCAUCACUUCUCUCAGGCCGCCUUCCAUGUCUGAGUCAUACCCCAAGUCCAGCUUGCUGGGGUCAUUUGUUCCAUUUGGUGGGUUCUUUUCAACACCUUCUGACUCAAAGGUUCCGUUGAGUAGCUCAUAUCGAUGUGUUCCCCGCAGUCUUCAGUGCAAUGAAAAAUGUAAGCCAGAAGUAAUUGCCGUUUCAAAGGGAUGUUGCACUACUUCAGUUGCAGAUCACUACAAAUCUAGCUCGCCUUCUUGGUUGCAGAUGACUGAACUUGGCUCUAACAUGGGACUGGAUAUGAAGAUCAAAGAUGAUGGAGCGGUAUUGAAUGCCAAAGUCAUCGGAGUGCAGAAGAAAGGGGACAAUAUAUGCCAGCAUCUCCAACACACACAACUAUUCCCUGAAGCAAACAAGUUUCCAACUAUCUUGGGCUUUCGAUUUGUUGAAGACAAGAAGGAAAACACUGAUAAUCACAGUAGCAAUAAUACCGAUGCAGCUUCAAAUGAAACAAACUGCGUGAAAGUGGAUUCAUGCAUGUCCAUGGAUGUACUAAAGAUUGCUACAUUACAAUCAAGCAAUCCUUUUCCUGUGGUUAGCAAGGCUAAGAAUGAGCGUUUGCUAUCGGAACAAUGCAAACCACCUUCAACAAUUGAAGAUCUUGAGUCAGGUGGUCUCUAUUCUCUUCCUUGCAGUUUAUCCAAUUCAAGUGUGGGUGAUGGUAGUCGAACCUCUCCCACAUCUGCAACUUCUGUCACAACCGAUUUAAGACUGGGAAUAUGCUUUUCUCCCAUUAAUAAUAAGCCAAAGAAAUGUAUACAGAAAAAUGUAAUAAAUCUUUCACGGGACAUCUCAGGGAACAUCUCUAAUCAUCCCACUCAAUCUUCCUGCUGCUCAAGUCCUGACUAUGGUGGACAGUUUGACCCAAGAGAUCUCAAGACGCUAUUAAGAGCAUUGACUGAGAGGAUCGGCUGGCAAGAUGAAGCCAUAGCCUGCUGCCGAGCAAUUACUGAAAAACGGCAUAGAGAAAGUCUGAGGACGAAUAUAUGGCUCCAUUUUAUUGGACCUGACAGAUUUGGUAAGAAGAAAAUUGCUCUUGCCCUUGCUGAGAUAUUUUAUGGAAGCCGGGAACAAUUUAUUUGUGUCGAUCUGAGUCCCCUUGAUGGGAUAAUCUAUACAAACACAAACUUUCAUUGCCAAGAAAUGAAUGGUUAUGAUAUAAAAUUCAGGGGGAAGACUCUUCUUGACUAUCUUGCGGGGGAGUUACGCAAGAAACCCUUGUCUGUAGUCUUCCUUGAAAGUGUAGAUAAAGCUGAUGUGAUAGCUAGGAAUAGUUUGUCUCAGGCCAUUCGGACUGGUAAACUUUCGGACUCACAUGGAAGAGAAAUCAGCAUUAAUAAUGCGAUAUUUGUGACAACUUCAACAUCCUCAAAGGGAACGAGUCUUGGCAGAAUCAGGAAAAAACCCUCAAACUACUCUGAGGAAAGAAUUUUUGGAGCAAAAUGCUGGCCGAUGCAGAUAAGAAUUGAACAAGCCUUUGUAGAUAGCACAAAAAACCAAAACAUGAAUGCAUUGGAUACAGUGAGAAAAGAAGUAUCCAAUCCAAUCUUUGUGAACAAAAGGAAGCUUAUUGGUGGCAAUGACUCUCUGGAGCAGUCAGAAAUCUCAGAAAUGGCCAAACGGGUGCACAAGGGAUCAAGUAGGUACCUAGAUUUGAACCUUCCAGCUGAAGAGUAUGAAGCUUGUGAUUCUGAUGAGUUGAACUCGGAGGAUUCCAUCUUUGAGAACUCCAAUGCUUGGUUACAAGAUUUUUGUGAUCAGGUGGAUGAAACCGUGGUUUUCAAGCCAUUUGAUUUUGUUGCACUUACCGAGAAAGUAUCAAGGGAGAUAAAGAAGUGCUUCUCCAAGAUUGUUGGCUCUGACUGUUUGCUAGAGAUUGACUCUAAAGUCAUGGAUCAAUUGCUUGCAGCUGCAUACAUAUCAGACGGGAGCAGUGUGGUGGAGCAUUGGGUGGAGCGAGUCCUCAGCAGGGCAUUUGCAGAAGUUCCCAAAAGAUACAGCCUCACAGCUCAUUCUGUUGUGAAACUAGCUUCUUGUGAGGGCCUUUGUUUUGAGGAGCUAGCACUUGGAGUUUGCCUUCCGCCAAGAAUUAUUCUUAAUUGAUGUAUCACAAAAGCUUAUUAGUGUAAGUAGACGUAUAGGUAUAACCAUUUAGCAUCUAGUAGCCUUUGUUUAGCCUGUUAAUCCCAUAAUUUUGUUGGGUCCUUUUUUUAUGUUUCUUUUUUCCAGGUUAUGGUUGUGUGUGAUAUGUAAUCUGAGGCUCGUGCUUUUGGGGUUAUAUUUUAUGUACUAAAUUCAGUUGUCUGGUUUCUCCUGUGCUAAAUUUUGAUCCUCAA